AAAAAAAUCCAAACAAAGUAGCCGGAGAAGAUGGAAAACCACAUAUAUAUAUAUAACAUCCGCCACAUAUCCGUAGACCUCAAUCACCUAAUAAAUUGACAUUUUUUUCUGAAAAAAGUACCGAAGAAGAUGGCUACCGCUGCCCCCAACCAUCGGAUUCUUACCCAGCGGUUUCUAACCGGGCCACAUCUUCCGUCGUCGGCCGCGCCGCUAGUUAACUUUGCACGGCUUCAAUUUCGCCCCUCGAGUUCUCCUCUGAUAUACCCGCACGAGAAUUUUACUCCCCUAAGAAGAUUUAACUCCCGCCACGAUGUGUCGUCGUCCCUAUCGUCUCCUUCUCCAUCUAAUACUCGAUUCAGUCCAACAACAAGGCUUUUUGUUAGUGUAUUGGCAUGUUUCUCUCCAGGGCUCUCUUUUAGGACCACUGAGGAGAGCCUGAGAAAUGCGUUCAAGAACUUUGGUGAACUUGUGGAAGUAAACUUGGUGAUGGAUAAAAUGGCAAAUAGGCCGAGAGGCUUUGCGUUCUUAAGUUAUGCAACAGAGGAAGAGUCUAAGAAAGCUAUUGACGGAAUGCAUGGCAAGUUUCUGGAUGGCCGAGUAAUAUUUGUUGAGAUUGCUAAAUCCAGAGCCGAGCUUUGGCAAGAAUUCGAGCAGAAAUUGUAGAUAAAGCUGAGUCAAUGCACUCAAGUACACACUGGCUUUCAAGAUAAUCUUACUGUUGAAAACUAUAUCAACUCAGAUGCUUGCUGUACCAAUUAAGUCAACUUGGUGUUCUGCUUCUCCUUUGUAUUCUUUCGCAUUCUUAAUGUUUAAUUCCAUUUUAUGGAAACUACGAAUCCUUUUUUUUUUUUUUAUGAUUACCAGUGGGGAGACUCAGGUCAGCACAAAAUUUAAAAGAUUGUUCCAACACAUACUCGAGCAAAGUAUGGGAAAACAGCAUUCGCAACCGAUAGUCAAUACCAUUCAAGCUCAUACAAGAGAUCCAAAUGUACACAUUUGUAUGAAGAUAUUUUACACCUAACAUUGCCAGUGGAAUUCACCUAUACUUUAAAAUCAUAAUUUGAUAAUUUGAUAUGAAGCUUCGGGUUGAUCAAAACCAUCAUUCUCUUGUCUCCCUAAGCUGCAGCGAAAACAAAUGAGUAAGUCAAGAAUUGACAGUAGUAUCCAAUCGCUUUUAAGACAUAUGCAGAUGCACAUGUAGAAGAAUCUCUAAUCAGGAGAUUCAGGACGAAAAUGAUCGAGAAAGUAGAGAUACACACA